AGUUGAUAGUCGAAGUAUCUAAAGCACAAUGGAAGUGGUGAAAAAUUUGGUAUAUGGCAAAAAGGGCGCUCAACAGUCGAAUUAUGAGAAUGUGCAGCGUGAAGUUAACUUAGGCGAGGAGCUACGUCGCCUCAUGCACAGACGGGAUAUUCAGGAAACAAUGGAAUCUGCUGCACCUUUCUUCAUAAGUGCCGCUGUAGCCUGGCCGUUGGUAUGGUUGUAUCGCGGUUGGGAUUGGCAUACAAAGAAGGGCAAGGAGACACUGCCGCUUUACAUCAGAAAGACUUUCUUUCAAGCGAAAGCAAUACAACUCGCAGUGCUGGCUAUGGGCCUGAGUUACAUCAUCGGCAGUACAUCGACACGCAAUAUUUAGUAAUCAACAAGGCGCUUAAUUUUAUUACUUCAAAUUUAGGUGGUCAAACGGGAAAGCUAAGGAUAUCAAAAAUUACAAAUGGAGUAGCGCAAGAUAUGCUUGUAUGUUAGUAGUUUUUAUGAACGAGAACUCAAACCAAAAGAAAUUAUUGGAUGAUAGCAAGAAAAAUGAAGAAAAAAAUAUAAGGGUGUGCCAUUUUAUUUAAGUUCAUAUUUUUAAAUAUCAUACAUACAACGUGUCGAAAUUUUAAAAAGUAAAAACUCUAAAGCAAAAAAUUAAAAACAAAAAUGAAAAAUAUUUU